AUGUAUAGGAAUUAUGCAAAAACUGCUGGUUUUGGAAUUAGAUUAGGAACAACAACCAAAUACGGGGAUCUAAGUCUAAGGAAAAAACAAGUAAGAUGCAACAGAUAUGGAAAUCCAAAAAAAAAAACCAUUGAUACUCUUACAUCCAAACGACUGAAAAAACAGGAAAGAAAAUCAUAUUCUAAGGUCACAGGAUGUAUGGCAAUGAUUGGUUUUGACAGAAAUGCUGCAACAAAUAUAAUCACUGUAUAUGCUUUUGAAGACACUCAUAACCAUCCACUUACUGAAUUUAAUGAAGAAAACAUUUGCUCUCCAAAUCAUCGUCUUAGUAUUUUUGAUCAAGAACUAAUUGUUAAAGCUUCAACUAUCAACAUUGGUGCCACAAAAGCACACAAAUUAAGAGCAUCAUUAAAGGGAGGAUAUGAUAAUUUGCCAGCCACAAAGAAUGAUUUCAAAAACUUUUGGAGAGAUUAUACAAAUAUUGUUGGACCAAAUGAUGCUCAAUGUGUUGUAGACCAGUUGAUAAUUCGUAGAGAUAAUUAUCAAAAUUUCAAUUUUCAAUAUAAGUUGGAUGAUGAUGUGCUAAAUGCUAUGUUUUGGGUUGAUGAAACAGGAAGAGAAAACUACAAUAAGUUUUCUGAUGUUAUAUCAAUGGAUGCUACUUAUAGAACAAACAGGUACAAUAUGAUAUUUGUUCCUUUCACUGCAAUAAACAAUCAUGACAAGACAAUCAACAUUGGAGCAGGACUAAUAUCAGAUGAAACAAUUGAAUCAUACUCUUGGUUGUUAGAAGCUUUUUUGUCAUCACAUAAGAAGAAACCAACAAUGAUUCUAUCAGACAUGGAUGCAGCAUUAUCUUGUUCAAUAGCAAAGGUGUUUGAAGGAUGUACUCACAGAUUAUGUAUGUGGCACAUAAUGUCAAAAAUGCCAUCAAAGAUUGAAGCUGACUUAGUUUCAAAUACAGAUUUCAAGAAACGAAUAAAUCAACUAGUUUGGAAUAUGAAUAUUAAACCAACAGAAUUUGAGAACAAAUGGGAUUUGAUGUUGAAUGAAUUUCAAUUUGAAGGAAAAUAAAUGGUUGGCUGAUAUGUUCAACAAGAGAGAUAAAUGGAUUCCAUCCUAUUUCAGAGAUAUACCAAUGUGUGGACUUAUGAAGACUACAUCUCGAUCUGAAAGUUCUAAUUCCUUUUUCAAUGUUUUCUCAAGUCCAACAAACUUACUUGUUAAUUUUAUGUUCAACUUUGACACUGCACUUUCAAAGCAGCGUCAUGAACAAAAAAGAUUAGACAUUGCAUCAAGAGAUACUUUGCCACAACUACUAUUUCCAAAUGAAAAUUUGAAAAUAGAAAAGCAUGCAUCAUUGGUAUACACUCGAGAAGCAUUCAUAAAAGUGCAAAAACAAAUAAAAAAGUCAUUCUAUCAGUGUUUUCAAAAAAAUUCGGUUUUGAUUGAUGGUCUUCAACAAUGCACAUUGUCUACAAAGAACUAAAAUCAGGCAAGCGGCCAGAAUUUAAGGUAUUCAUUUAUGCUACUUCAUUAUUAUUUUAAUUUAACAUUAUUUAUAAUUUAUAAAUAUAUUUUUAAAAUAAAAUUUUAUUAUUACUUCUCAGGUUUCUUUUGAUGCAAAAGAUGAAACAAUUGAAUGUGAAUGUUUGCAUUUCAAAUUUUUUGGAAUCCUUUGCAGUCAUGCUUUCAGAAUUCUUAUAGAUUAUGACAUUGCCAUGAUACCUGAAAAAUACAUUCUGGAUAGAUGGAGAAAGAACAUAGUGGAUAUUGGUUUUCAAAAGAUAAACAAAAAAUGGAGAGUGUGCAGUACAGAAAUUUCAAAUCUCUUGCAGGAUGCAACUUCUUUUUUUGAAAAAUGCGUUGAAUCGGUUAUUCAUGAUAAAGAAAAACUACAAGGAUUGGUGAACUCUCUUCAACAAUUAAGUGAAACUUGUGGAAAAGAUGUUUCUACAAGAUCAAGUUCAAUUCCCAUAAAAGAUGUGAUUGAAAAUAUCAUUGGAGUUCCAAUUUCAAGUGAUGUGAAAAUCAAAGUACCAAGUGAGAUAAAAACAAAAGAAAGUGGAAAGAGGAGUCGAAUCAAAAGUGCUGCAGAAAAAGCAAUAGCAAAAGCACUUAAACCAAAACGCAAAUGCAAAGGAUGCAACCAAUUCGUCAACCAUGAUAUAAGAAAUUGCCCAAUAAAUCCUUCAAAUGUGCUUAGGCCUUUCAAAAAA